AUGAAGCAAUCGGCCUCCAGCGAGCAACCACAACCGCAACACCGCCCCGCACACACGUACUCGCCUCUCGAGAUGGAGGAGGGGCGUGUGGGCGUGCCGUCGCCGCGGCAGGCGGGCAAGCGCGAAGUCUGGACGGACACCUCAGGCGGCAUGCUUGCCCUGCUCGUUGGCGCCGUCGUCGGGACGGGCUGGACGUACGGCGUGGUUCUCAGGGGUCUCGGUCUGGAAUACACCCUGGUCUUCGCGGUCUUCUUCGCGCUCAUACCCACGAGCCUCGUCAUGCUGAGGAUCACCGACCCUGGCAGCCUCCAGCCCAACGCCACGUCCGACCCCGUGAUCGCCACGCUGCACGACAUCGAGGAGCGGCAGCGCCUCGAACGCGGGAACGGUUCCACGGGCGGUGUCCCGCCGGCAGGCUUGGCCGGCGGGACGCACACGAGUCCCCACGCGUCGGGCUACACCGGCCGCGUGUACCUUCUGUCCGGCGACGUCGUAGUCGACGGAAAGACAUACUUCCGCGAUCGCAAGGGUCAGUGGGCUCGCAGCACGACCGGCGGGCACGACGGCGCGGAGCGGUACUGCGCCACGUGCCACCUGUGGCGUACGAAGGGCGUGUCGCACUGCAGCGCGUGCGGGUUCUGUUUCCGGGGGUUCGACCACCACUGUGGCGUGAUCGGCGUGUGUGUGGCCGCAGACAACCACCGGUGGUUCUCGCUGCUGCUGCUGGCGGGCGCCGGGUGCUCGCUGAUGUCCUGCGUCGGCGCGAUCGUGCGGAUCGCGCACGACUUCGACGGUUGGGAGGGGUGGGAAAUAUACUUGUGGAUUCUAACGAUACUGACAAUGGGAUACAUUGGGCUGUCGCUGCUGCUGUUCGCGGUCGUGCACGUGACGUUCAUGGUGUGCGGCGCGACGACGAAGUCGUGCUCGUUCGGGGAGGACGGCGACUGCAGGCAACACCCUCCCUGCAUGCCCUGGGGCGAUCGUUCCCCCGCCCGGCUCGCGGCCAUCGUGCUGCGUAGGUGCUUCGCUCCGGUGCGCGCGCGGCGACGAUAG